AUGGAUGUGUACGCCGCUCACCUUGCGAUGGCGGCGCUGGUGGGAGCCUCCAUCGUCGCCUUCUCGGCCUACUUCGCGCAUCGCAAGACACUGGCUCAGGCGCUGGAAUUUGCACGAGCGGAGCGCGAACGAGAGCGGGAGAGGGGUAGGUUCGGGGGCGUCCUCGAGGAGGAAGGGAUCCGCGAUGGUGGAGAGGAGUUUGUUCCUGAGCAUUAUAGGAGGAGGAGCCAUCAGCAACGCUACUCUCGCCGCAAGGUUGCCGGGUACAGCCGGCGGGGAUCUGCCUCUAUGUCGGACGUGACGGCAGUGAUCCAUGGCCAGGAUGAUGAUCUCAACGAGGAGGUGGAGCGGCGGGCGGAGAUGAAUGGCCCGUUCUCAGCGUUUAGUGCUACGAAGUCGGAGGUGGAUCACCGUAUCCCGGGUAUUCCACCUGGGUUACCUCGACUAUACACGCUUCCCGAAGGUAUUCAUGAGUUUUCCAAUUUCACGGCAGAGUGUGGGAACGGUGGAAUACUCUUGGUUUUUCUCCUAUCCAUUAGAGCAAAAUUGCGGAGCUUUCUUGAUGUAUUUUGUUGCUCGGAGAGAGAUUAGUGGGGAUCUCCGUAUGCCCGUAGUUCACCGUUUAUUUGCACACCUUUGUGUUGAAAGCUCCAUAACUCAUGAAUUCCGUAUAUAUGCGCACCGUAUAUUUUAGUCGCUUCUCUCACUAAUGUUGUAUCUACCAAUUGUCCGGGAGGUUUUCCUUGUUCCUUUUAUCCGCAAUUUCCUUCUCAAAUAUAUAGAAAGACAAGUAUUGGCUAACGCUUUUGUGUCCCGUUCUCUGAUUAUAUCUCUCUUGCCCUGCAGCGAAUCGUUAAAAAAGUGGCAGUUGUUGUCAGCAUGCAUUAGCUAAUUCUGUGAGUUUGUGCUCAUUAAAGCUAAAUGGAUCAGCACAAUUUCUGCUCGAGUGAAGUACAUUUUCGAGGGAAAAAUAAAACCUGGCAUUCCAUGCUUAAUUAUACUUGUAAAAAGCAUAUUUAUAACUUAAUAUAUAUAACUGUUCCUUUCAUGCAAAUUUUAUCUUUUCUUCUGAAUAUGAAGUGUAGCGGUGCUUUAUAGGCUUACUGAAUAUGUUUGAAGCAUAUGCUAUAAAACACCUUCCUUGGAACCUAAAAGAUAAAGACCGGGCUAAAUUCCUUAGGAUGAAUAAUAAUGUUAAAGUAUAGAUAGAAAUGAGCGAUUUUAGUCGUAGAUACCAACUGAUUCGCGUUUUCACCUAUUGAAACUUUGGGAUUUGGUACCAGUAACAACCGCGUCAGUUCUAUGAUGUAAUCUAUAAAUGCACUACUAUUGUAUUUGUUUUCUUCUUUGAAUAUUCUCAUCAUAUCUUUGUAAUGAACUCUACCUCUCAGUGUCAUGAUACCUAAUAUCGGGUCGAAUUAGUAUCCUCGACUAGAAGAGGAUACGAUGGACUGUAUACGUCUGGGAACAAGAUUUAGCCUUCUAUUUUCUAUUUACCUAGAUAUGCAAAAAUGAGAAUUGCAGUGAAAAAAAUCAUCGUGUGUCAGUGGGUUGAGGUUCAUAAAACAUUGUAUUUUUAGUUUGUAGUACAUGCUACAGACCAAAACUUUAUACCGUGUCGAGUUAUGUACUGAAUGAUGUUUUUUGUUUGUUUUUUUUUUUGGUGCUGGUUUAUUUUGCUUGUUUGGGUGCAUCAGACAACAGACCAGCUCCCUUUGCGAAUUCAAUUAAGAGGCCCGGGUCAGCUAUCAUAUCGGCUUCUCCCAAGUCCACUGCUCCAUGUGCCAGUGCCUUGGAGAGCCUUGAUGAAACCGAGGAAGAAAAUUUGCCCACUGAUUCUAACCUUGAUAAUACAUAUCUGCAUCCCAAUGGAAAUGCUGUAAGUCUGCUUUUUAUUCAUUGCCACAACAUUCACUGAUCUACUAUGCAUUAUAUGAUGUCCUUUUUCGGAUAUUGAUUUUUGAGGACUUUCCUCUGGUUUCCUUCCACUCACUUAUUUCUUUCAAAAUGACUAGACGGUAUUUUUCAUUAAAUAUGUGAUUCAGCUGUGAUUCUCUAUGAGAUUAAUGAUAGAGGAUCUUGUGCUUUCUUGUGCAUGUUUCCUUUUCCCAUAAAAUGACUGCGGUGAAAAACCAAUUAUGAAGACAUCCAUCAUUCGGUGUAUAUAUAUGAUUGUUUGUUCGUUGAACCGGGGCUGAACGUGUUGCUUUUUUUUUCUUCCCCUUCAGGACGUAAUCUUAUGCAGAGUUUCUCUUCUUCUUAAUAAUCAUACAGAAUCUUGCAGAGAGGAAUGACAUGCUUUAAAUAUUGAUAAACAGAUAGACAUAAUAAUCUUAUUAUUGUUGAUCACUUCCUGAGAUGGACAAAAUGUUAAUUAGUAGACAUCCAUAUCACAUCUGAACCUUACAGUUAAAAUAGUUAUAUAAUAGGACGGCCUACUUCAGCAGAUUAAUGUGCCUAUAUUUUACUAAUUCUUCUUACUUGUUACAGUCAGCCAUAUUUUAUUCCUUUUGAGUUCUGUGGUUCGUUUUAGGCUUAAACAUGGCACUAUCAGAUGAUAGUUCUCUUCUCUUUUUUUUUCUCCUUUUUACAAUAUCUUAGCUAUUAAACUAGACUUACUAUUAUUGUAAAACCUGCUUCGGCAAUUUAGAUUUAAAGGUCGAUUACUUUUCAUGAAUAGUUUUAAUUUAUCCUGAUUUAUUAAUUUUCUUCCUAUGGUGAAAACCAUCAACUUUUUGUUGUUAGUGAAUUUUUCUGGUGUUUUCUUGUUAUGUUUGAAAGCCUUUUGCUCUUCACAUCUUAUAUCACCUUAAGGUGAUAGUGCGCUAACUUUAUUUCCUAUGUGAAAGGAGGCCUGAUUGUAAUAGUUUGUUUCAGCCAUUACCGGAUCACAUCGAUUCUGACGGAAAACCAAAGCCACUACCAGCGGCUAAUAUGAUCCGAUCUCAUAGUGUUUCUGGUGACCUGCACGGUGUCCAACCUGACCCGAUAGCGGCUGAUAUUCUUAGGAAGGAGCCAGAACAAGAGACCUUCAUAACGCUCAAAAUUACUCCAACUGGUAACCCUUCUGCCCUAAGGAGAAUGUGUAAGAGAAAGAAUGUCCUAGAGAAUCCCACUGACGAGGACAGAUGUGCUGCUGUAUAUUAGUGACAUUUUUUAAUCUUUUUUGUGUAAUGUUUAGAAACACCAUCUGCCGAUGAAGCUGAGGUUUUUCUGUCUCUUCAAGAAUGCCUCAAGUUGAGGGAAAGUUAUGUGUUCAAGGAGGAAGUGACUCCGUGGCAAAAGGAAGUCAUUGCAGACCCCAGCACUCCAAGGCCUCAUGCAAACCCAUUUGCAUAUGUCGCAGAAGAGAAAACUGAUGUCAGUACAUCCAAUUCCCUUUUUUUCAUUAUUCCUUCUGUUUCCCCGUUAAUAUCUCUUCAUUAACGUUAUGGUAUUUUUUGUUUCCGUUUUUGGAAACUCCUAUGUAUUAAAAAAACAUAUUUUUUCAGCAUCACUUUCAAAUGGAGGAUGGAGUCGUUCACGUUUAUGCAAAUAGAAACUGUGAGCCAUCUAUCUAUUGAUUAGUGGGUGUUUUUACGGUAUUCUCUGUGAGUCACCUGUUCAUCUGUGUUAUUGCAGCAUCAGAGAAGCUUUUCCCUGUUGCUGAUGCUACGACCUUUUUUACUGAUUUACAUCGCAUUCUUCGGGUAAUUGCUGCUGGUAAUGCCCGAACAGUAUGCCAUCGGCGACUGGUUCUUCUCGAGCAGGUGAUGAUGUGGUAUCAUGUUGAUACGUGAUAUCGAUGGUCUGAGGCCAUUGUACUGAUCAAGUUUUAUUUUUGGCAGAAAUUCAAUAUGCACUUGAUGCUUAAUGCAGAUGCCGAAUUUCUUGCUCAGAAAAGUGCCCCUCAUCGUGAUUUCUAUAACGUCAGAAAGGUGGACACUCAUGUUCAUCAUUCUGCAUGCAUGAAUCAGAAGCAUCUCCUCAGGUUUAUAAAAUCAAAGCUGAGGAAGGAACCUGAUGAGGUAUUUUUCUUGUCUUGACCUGAUUAUCUUUGUAAUUAUUUGAUCAUCUCCAUGGGCUCUUUCAAUCAGAGAUUGAAAAUCAGCUUUGUUUCAAAUGACCUGGCCUCUCCAAACAAUACAAGGAAAAGGAGUUGGCGUGGGCCCAUGUGUUGGGUAUCGCAAUGUGCCCAAAGUCACCGAAUAAGGCGUGAAUGCAAUGAAGUGGAUAAUUGUGAACCAACCUUAAAUGAGUAAAGAUUUCUCUCCUCUUGAAGACCAAAAUCUUUGACCCUCAUUUUAAAGUCCAAAGUGACUGAAGAUAGCGUGGAUGCAAGAUGUUGAUUAUCGAAAAUCGUAUAUAAGAAAUUCCCUUCUGUAGAAUCACGAAAGACGCUGACGUUUAUCCUUUUUUUUGGUCCAAGUAAUUUCUUGGGUUUGGCUCUAGUGCACUGCAUUGGAUUUCCCGAAAUCUCUUUUGAAAUUUGCAUUUGGCUGAUCCUUUGGCAGUUGGAGUAUAGUAUAUUUAUACAUUUUCUUUAGAUAUUCAUUAAUAAUUAUAAUACGCAUGUGAUAUUUACCCAGGUUGUUAUAUUUCGAGAUGGAACAUAUUUAACAUUGAAGGAAGUCUUCGAAAGCUUGGAUUUGACUGGGUAACAUUAACUUCCUUUUUAUAUUCUUAACGGGUAGUUUCUGUUGGUAAUUGUCAUUCUUCUUUCCUCAAAACAGGUACGAUCUAAAUGUUGACUUGUUAGAUGUCCAUGCGGAUAAGAGUACCUUUCAUCGUUUUGAUAAGUUCAAUCUCAAGUAUAACCCUUGCGGUCAAAGUAGGCUGAGGGAAAUCUUUCUUAAGCAGGAUAACCUUAUCCAGGGUAAUGUGCGCUUUGCAGUCUAAAUCUUUUGUGGAUUCCUGUUAUUUCCUACUUGUGCUUAUUUCAGUUCAUCAUGUAUGUUCAGUCAUUUUAGCCUAUGUUUUCAACUAUAUUUCAAGGUACAUGCUGAGAAACACUGUGCAAUAAACUAUAGAAGGGCCAGAUUGAGGGUUGCACAAUUAAUUGGUCUUAAAGAUUGAGGAGUAUGAUGCCAGGAAUUGUGUAUUCAUUCCCCUUGAAGAUUUAUUGGUCUUAAGUGAUGCACCUAUGGUAUAGAUUCAGUGAUAUUUGGUUCGCAUCGUAAGUGAUGUGAUCGUGGUUAAAUGAUUGUUUAGAUGUGGCCGUGAAUUCUUAUCAUUUGACAAGGCACUUGUUUGUAUGAUUUUCAAGACUGUGAAAGCAUGACUUGCCAUGAAUGUCAAGUUUUUAGUGUACCUAUUAAGCUGUUGGCUAAGUUGAAAGCUCUGAUGCAUUAUCUCGGACGCCUGAGUUCUUCCCAAUUCAUCAUGAUUUCCCUAUUUACCUUUUCCAUGGAUGCGCGAGUUUAAUUAUAUGGUUUUUAAGUAUCCUUGGCCCUUAAUAAUAUCAUUUUGAUCCCAUCCAUUAGGUCGCUUUCUUGCUGAGCUGACAAAAGAAGUGUUCUCUGAUCUUGCUGCAAGUAAAUAUCAGGUCUGCGUUAUAAACAUUUGUGCUCCUGAACUACAAUGUUUUCAGUCAAUUUCUUGGUUACUUGCUUCUGAUGAAUGUUCUCGUUAUUAAAUAGAUAUGGCCACAUCAUGAACCACAUUGUCUAAUUAAUAUCUUUAUACAGUCAUGAUCAUUUGGAACUAAACUUGAUUAUUUUCAUUACACUAAAGUGGGAUGGUGCAAAUUACCUGAUCCAGGAGAAACUGCAAUUAGUCCAGAAACAUUAAAGGGUAGAAAACAGUUUUCAAGACUAGGGAUAUGUGUGAUUAUAAUGUGUUAGAAUCAUGUUACAAAAAGUUUCCCUUUGUUGUCCGCCAUGUCCUAAUGCCUACUAUUUUUUUUUUGUCUUUUUCGCGGUUUGGAGAGGGAGGGGUUGUGGACAGGUGUAGGAGAAUCAAAAAAGGCUGUAGUGGUUGGCAGUGGUAGGAGACUGGCCGGAGUUACUUUCCUCUGUUCUUAUCCAUCUUUCCCUAUUUUUUUCUAGUUACUGCCAUCUUUUUUCUUCUUCUCCCUCCACCGGUGGAAGCAGACGAUUGACAGAGAAUAAACUAUUCAGCCCAGUCUGGGGUCAGCUAAUCCAGCAGAAAUCAACCAAUUUCGCACUAAUUUUGUUUUAAAAAAAAGAUUAAGGUGAGAUCGGGCUUUCCCCCGUUGUAACUAGUCUGGAGACCCGUGAUUCUGAUCUACAUAGACUGAAUCAGUGAUUCAACGAACCAAGGAUCAAAGUUCCUGGUUCGUUCAUCUGUUUCUGCUUUCUACAUGAUCUGGCUCAAGUCUUGACUAGCGGUUGAUUGAUUUUGGACGUGCACUUAAACUACAGGAAGCCAUGGGUAUCCUUCCAAAUGAUCCUGCAAGGGUUCUAAUCACAUGCAAUACAUGUGACCUUCUACUGGGUUUUAAUGAUCUAUAAAUUAGAUCAUUUUUGGAUCUCUAAUGGGUUGUAGAGAGACCUAGCAGUCAUCUUUUACUCGUGAAUUGCGUCCAUUUUUCUCCCCUUAUUCUUUAUAAUCAUUUUCCUAGGGAUUUGUUCUCCAUUUGGCUCUGUAACCUAACCAUUUUGCUCCGUGAGACUUCAGUCUGUGAAACACGUUGCACAUGGGAAUUCAAGGUAGCGUAGGGUCGAUUGUGGAAGCUUUUGGAGAUGAAUGUGCUGUGUAUUUGAUUACUGUUUUCACUAUCGUUUUGCAGAUGGCUGAGUACAGGAUAUCCAUUUACGGUAGGAAGGAAAGUGAGUGGGACCAGCUGGCAAGUUGGAUUGUAAACAAUGAAUUAUACAGUGAAAACGUAGUUUGGUUGAUACAGGUAUUUUUGGCACACAGGUUUGUUAGAAAGUCGUUGUCUUAGUUCUCAUAAUCAGAUUGCUAUAUUAUUUAUAGAAAAUUGUCAUAUGAAUAAGAAACUAUUCAGUUUUCAGAUUGGCUUGGAGUCUGACUUUGCUUCUUCUUCUUCUUCUUCUUCUUCUUCUUUUUUCCAGUUUCCUCGAUUGUACAAUAUAUACAAGGACAUGGGUAUUGUAACAUCAUUCCAGAACAUUCUUGACAACAUUUUCCUCCCUCUUUUUGAGGUAACUGUUAAUCCAGACUCGCAUCCUCAGCUGCACGUUUUCUUGAAUCAGGUGAGUCUGGCUGCCGUCUUCCUUUUUCUCUUUCCACUUUCUCUCGUCAUCAUUGACUGUUCCAGUAAAUUUCUAGCAGAGGCCUAGUCUUGGUUCUGUUCUUUCUCUGCAUGGAGUUGAUUUGGCCGUGCUUGAGUAUGCUUCCAGUUCGUAUGGAGCUUACAGAUGGAUGAUGAGAUAGUCUUUGAAGGAAGUAGAUCUAAACAAAAUCUUCUCUCUUGCGUGAUCUCUUAUUUGGGACCUGUAUAUCUAGUUUGGCUGUUUCUUGCAUAUUUAGAUGCAAGUAAUGCCAUUUUUUAUCUAAUUCUUAUGUGUCAUGACCGUUGACCAUCUCUGAUAUUACAUUGGAUUAUUGGUUGCCCGAUUAAAGGCCGCAUUGCCGUUGACCCAUAAAUGUAGAUGUUCUUCAUUCUUUCCGACAUUGGAUGGUCAACGGAUUUAUUCGGGUGUUCCGGAGGGGGGGAGUAGGUGCCCACAUUACAUUUUACUGUCUGUCCACCAUCAUAUCAACCAGCCUGAUCUAUAUGAACAGUAUGGAUGCAUUUUAUUUUUCAUGAGCCUACGGUACUUGUCGCAGGUCGUGGGAUUUGACUUGGUGGAUGAUGAAAGCAAGCCUGAGAGACGACCAACGAAGCACAUGCCCACACCAGCUCAGUGGACCAAUAUUUUUAAUCCCGCAUUCUCAUAUUAUGUGUACUACUGCUACGCAAACUUAUACACAUUGAACAAGGUAUCAAUCUACCAAGCUCUAUUAGCUUACGGAGUUUCUUUCAGUUACUGGGCCUAAGUAGCAUCCAAAUUACUAAAACUAGUAAUCAUUCUGCUAAGUUGUGGAAAUAAUUGUGUUAUUCAAUUAUGAUUAAAUUAGUAUGCACUAAUUAUUCCAUUAUUUCUUGAUUUCGCUAGCUUCGCGAGUCAAAAGGCAUGACAACAAUCAAGCUUCGUCCACAUUCCGGAGAGGUUAGUCGCUUUAUACCUCCUUGGUGAGGAUUUUUCUAGUUCUUGUCCUUCCUCGCUCUCCUAUUCCAGGAACUGCAUCCAUUUUACAGGCUGGCGACAUCGACCACCUCGCUGCAACAUUUCUCACCUCCCACAACAUCGCCCAUGGCAUCAAUUUAAGGAAAUCUCCCGUGUUGCAGUACCUGUAUUAUCUUGCUCAGGUAUAUAAGCUGGACUCCUUUCUCUGCUCUCGAAAUUAGCUCCCACCAUUCUUGACCUUGUAGUCAACGGUGCCAAUGGAGCUUGUAAGUUCGGCUUGACCUGGUUUUUACCAGCCAUAGACCUCUAGAUAAAUGCUAGUAAGAGAAAUAGCUCUCCGCCUCGCUUGAUCUUUACCCAAUUUUGGUUCAACCCACCAACCUCUCUCUCUCUCUCUCUCUCUCUCUCUCUCUCUCUCUCUCUCUCUCUCUCUCUCUCUCCCUCUCCCUCUCAUAGAGGUCCAGGCUUGAGCUGGUUUGUCAUAGAGGUAAGCUUGGCAAUGUCUGAGCUCAAGACAUCCUGUUGGAGAUCGACCCUUUUAAGUUUCAUUUCCUUCUUUUCGCAAUAUUACCUUGUUCUGAGUCGCAGAAGUGAUGCUUACAUUGAACAGAUUGGUCUGGCGAUGUCUCCGCUGAGUAACAACUCCCUGUUCCUGGAUUAUCAUCGGAACCCUUUUCAGCUGUUCUUCCAACGUGGCCUCAAUGUUUCUCUCUCAACCGACGACCCUUUGCAGAUCCACUUGACGAAAGAACCACUGGUGGAAGAAUACAGCAUUGCGGCUUCUGUAAUCCCCUCUCUCUCUGUCACUCUCUCACUCUCUCUCUAGUUCUCUUUAAGCACCCUUUCUACGUCGUGCCUGCAGGUGUGGAAGCUGAGCUCGUGUGACCUCUGCGAGAUAGCGCGGAACUCAGUCUACCAGUCCGGCUUCUCACACGCCCACAAGGUAUGAAAACAGAAGCACCACCAUGCCCGGGUCGUUGACCGAGGCCGGAUAGCUCGGAUCCUCCCAUUUAUCGAUAAGGUUGACCAAUUUCUGACUAAUUCUCGCUUAAUUUAAUUGCCAGUCGCAUUGGCUUGGGAAGAUGUACUACAAGCGGGGACCCGACGGCAACGACGUCCACAAGUCCAACGUCCCCCACAUUCGAGUCGAAUUCCGCGACAUAGUCAGUACUCAACUGCAUUGACCCCUCGCCUAAUAAUCGCCGCCGUCUAACUGCGUUGACUGUCGCAGAUAUGGAGAGAGGAGAUGAAGCUGGUCCACCUGGGCAAGGCUGCCAUCCCCCGAGAGGUGGAUGCCUGA